AUGGCCAGCCCCAGCAGCAGCAGCUCCGGGCCCGGGGGGCCGCGGGGCCCCGGGCCGGCGCAGAGCUCCGAGCCCCGGGAGCUGUCUCUGGAGCGGGUGCUGAAGGUCUACGACCAGCCCAUCAACGAGGAGCAGGCGUGGGCCGUGUGCUACCAGAGCUGCCGCGGGCUCCCGGUGCCCCCCCGGCCCGCUGGGACCGGGCCCGGGACCGGCCCCGGCACCGGGAGGGAGCCGUCCUCCAUCCUCCUGCACCGGGACGGGACCGUGAGCCUGCACCGGGAGCCCCGGGGCCACGACGACUUUAAUGAAACUCAGACGACAGAACGACAGGUGGUCCAGUCGCUGGGCGUGGCCAUCUACCGGGCGCUGGACUGGGGCCUGGACGACAGCGAGGAGCGGGAGCUCAGUCCUCAGCUGGAGCGCCUCAUCGAGCGCAUGGCGGGCGAGGACCCGGGCGAAGAGGCCGAGCGGAUCGCAGGGAACGGAACGACGGACGAGGGGUACAGCGGACAGGAGGAGGAAGAGGAUGAGGAGGAGGAGGGGGAGGGGGGGGCGAUACGGCCGGUACGUACGUUCCGCCAGGUGAUGGCGAGGUGUGCGUCCCGGCUGUCCAAUCCCAGCCUGGCGCCGGAGCACUACCAGGCCGUGUGCCGGGCGCUGGUCCUGGAGACCCUGGAGCUGCAGAGCUUCCUCAUCAAGAUCACAGACGCCAAGGACAUGCUGAAGAAGAUCUCAACAGAGGAAGCUCUGGAGGAUCGGUCGAGCUCCGAGCUGGACGCCCUGAAGAACCGAGACUGGGCCCGUCUGUGGGUGCAGCUGAUGAAGGACCUGCGCCAGGGGGUGAAGCUGAAGAAGGUGCAGGAGCAGCCGUUCAACCCGCUGCCCUCAGAGUUCAGCCUCACGCCCUUCGAGAUGCUGAUGCAGGACAUCCGAGCGCGAAGGUUCCAGCUGCGGAAAGUCAUGGUGGACGGGGACAUUCCCACCACAGUGAAGAGGAAUGCACACGAGCUGAUUCUGGAUUUCAUCCGGUCGAGACCUCCACUCAAACCCGUGAUGGAGCGCAGCCUCCCCCCCCCGCCCCUGCAGCAGCCGACCCUCCACGACCGGGUCCUGGCCGGGAUCAAGCAGGAGAGGAAGCUCCGGCCCGUGGACCCGCCCACCUCCAGACCGUUCGGCUCUCUGCCCUGUCUCGCUCAGACUCGUCUCUGCAGCGUCAAGUCCACGUCCUGCAUCGACCUGUCGGUGUCGGACGCCGGCUCCCGGGCGCCCCCCCGCCCUCGGGUCCUGCUCAAGGCGCCGACGCUGGCCGAGAUGGAGGAGAUGAACAUCUCAGAGGAGGAGGAGUCCCCGGACAGCAGCGAGCUGAAGCGGGUGGAGAACUUCCCCACGCCCAUGAAACGGGACCGUUCCUUCUCGGAGCACGACCUGGCCCUGCUCCGUGGAGAGAUGCUUCCCUCUCUCUCCACGGACGGGGGGGUGCGGCUGAGGGGUCAGAGGCCGCGGUCCCGGACGCUGACCAGCGGAGGACCACCUCCUUACUUCAGAGCAUCGUUCCCGGGUCACAGCUGGACGCCGUCCUCCCCGGCCCGUCUGUCCCUGAGCUCGGUGGACGAGACCACGGAGACCUCGGAGACCACGUCCCGCUCCAGAGCUGCAGACGAGCACCAGUGGAUGGAGGAGUUCAGUCACCCGGUGGAGAGUCUGGCUCUCACCGUGGACGAGGUCAUCAACGUGCGCCGAGUGCUGGUCAAGGCCGAGAUGGAGAAGUUCCUUCAGAACAAAGAGCUCUACAACAACCUGAGGAGAGGCAAGGUCUGCUGCUGCUGCAGAGUCAAGUUCCCUCUCUUCUCGUGGCCGUCCACGUGUCUCCUGUGUAAAAGAUCCGUGUGUGGCUCCUGCAGCGCGAAGAUGAAGAUUCCCUCGAAGAAGAUGGCUCACAUCCCGGUGUACACGGUGGGAUUCCACAGCACCCCCAAGAGCCACGGACACAAAAGCCAGGUCUACAAGUCCCUGAGGACGCUGUCCCGGCGCUCGGUGGAGGAGGAGUUCCCUCACCUCUACGCUCACGGCUGCACGCUGCGCGACGUCUGCGCCGACUGCACCAAGUUCGUGGCCGACGUCAUCUCCUCCAGCCGCCGGAGCCUGGACCUCCUGAACAACACUCCCAAGAGGGAGGCCAGGGGGGGGGCUGCUCCGAGGCCGCAGCUGCAGCGUCAGUCCCAGCUGGACCCUCCCCCCCAGCCUCACCCUCCCCCCCAGCCUCACCCCCCCGAGCUCCCUCAGCAGCAGCAGCGACUUCACGCAUCAUUGCUUCCUUCUUCACCGCAGCUCCGCACCGACACGAGCAACAAUGUGAAACAAUGA